AUGCAAUCGAUACGUGAAAGAGCUUAUGAUAAUUGGAAAGUGUAUUCCUUGGGAGGGGAAUUAAUGUUUCGUUGCAAUACCAAAAAGAUUUCUUGGUAUCUAUCGAGAAACCUAGCGAAUCAAAUUGCGGAUGAUAGCAUUCAAUUAAAUUUUCAACCCAAAGGGUUAGGACAUAUCUUUGAUAAAUAUCAUCUGGAAGAUAGAUGCAACUUUUGUGUUUGCUGCGGUGACAAUGAAAAUUUGACUAGACAUCAUGUGGUUCCUGAGAUGUAUCGUAGACAAAUGCCUGAGGUCGUAAAAUCUCAUACGAAUCACGAUAUUCUUUUGAUGUGUAUAAGGUGUCACACAUCAUAUGAAAAAGCAGCAAGCGAACUCAAGAAGAAAAUUGCCAAAGAUUAUAAUAUACCUUUGAACGGUCGAGGUCGAGUUCGUUUGGAUUACAAUGUAAAAGUGAAAAAAGCGGCUUCGGCUUUAAAUAAAAUCGGGAUCCCGGAAGACCGAAUGCGAGAGUUAAGAAAUAUUUUAAUCACUUGGCAACAAACUACCAAUAAAGUCAAAAGUGAUAAAUUAGAUGAUAUCAUCGAACAAGCUCUCAUGUUACCGGAGUAUGAAAAAACUAACGAGUUCAUUGAACAUGGGGAAUAUGUCGUCAGUCAAUUAUUAAAAGAUAGUCAUGAUGUAACUGGUUCGGGUGAAGGUGCUAGUAGUAGUAGUACAAGAGAGAGGUGGCCAAAGUUAGAAGAAUUUAUUUAUCUUUGGAGGGAUCACUUUGUGAAAACCACAAAACCACAAUUUCUGUCGAAACAUUGGAAAGUCUUCGAUAGUAUUUACGUUGAAUAA